AACUGCACUAAAGCUGUCCACUGACUGAAAUUCAAGUCAGAGUUCCGGUUUUAUUUCGUGAAGUAAAACACAAACCGGUGGCCAUUUGUAUUAUUUUAUACCAGCUGACUUCACGCCGGCGUAAAAGGCACGUAGCAAUGGAAACGUUUGAAUGCCGCUAUAUCCGUGUAGGUUACCUGAGAUGCUGACUACAGUUUUGUGUUUCCUCGACGAAUAAUAACGAGGCUCAGGGGUGACAGUGAGUUAGCAAGCUAACUGGAAUCAUCUUGGGUCAAAAGCCGUAACUUGAAUAAACACAUUGCUGUAACUACGUCGGCCGUCCUGUUUACUUCAGCUAACUUCCUGAGGCUCUUACGUCGCCCUCGUCUGAUCUGAAACUCCAUCGUCCCUUCCAGUGGUCCACUCAUCGGGCAGCAUGGCUAGCACAGAUUGUGUCAGUGUGCGAGUCUUCUCCCUCAACUGCUGGGGGAUCCGCUAUCUAAGCAAACACUGUCCUCAGCGCUAUCACAUGAUUGGAGAAAUGUUGUGCAAGGAGGAGCAUGAUAUAGUUUUGCUGCAAGAGGUGUGGAGUGAGAAGGACUACCUAUAUUUGAAAAAGAAGCUGGCAUCUAGUCAUCCCCACUCGCAUCACUUUAAAAGCGGCGUCAUAGGAAGCGGGCUGGCGAUUUUUUGUAAACACAGAAUUCUCGACACGUUUCUUUAUCGCUACUCGCUGAACGGUUAUCCUUACAUGGCUCACCAUGGGGACUGGUUCGGAGGCAAAGCCGUUGGGUUGGCCGUCUUAAAACUGGGCGACCUGACUGCAAAUGUCUACGUCACACAUCUGCAUGCAGAGUACUCCAGAGAGAAGGACUCUUACCUACCUCACCGAGUGGUCCAGGCCUGGGAGCUGCAGCAGUUCAUCCGUCACACCUCUCCUGGAGCAGAUGUGGUUAUUCUGGGCGGUGAUCUCAACAUGCACCCUCAGGACCUCGGCAACAGACUCCUUCUGUCUUACACUGGACUGCGAGACUCCUAUUUAGAGACUACUCAAUUCGAUGGGUGUGAGGAUGGCAUGACCCUGAUAGCUGAAAACCCUUUUACAAGUAAAAAGGAACUGGUCCCCUUUGAAAAGGGAAUUCGAAUUGACUACAUCCUGUUCAAGGGGUCAUCCAGCACUCAAAUUAACUGUGGCGUCAUGUCCACCACCAAAGGCUCUGUUCCGGGACACCCGUUUCCAUACUCCGAUCACGAGGCUCUCACCUCUGAAUUAAGGCUGAGGCCCCACACUCCAGCAGAGGCUGGAGGUGAUGGACAGUCAAAGACUCAGGACUCUGCUCCAGGGAAGGUGGCCGAGCUGGUCGACAUUCUGACCGAGGCCCGUACAGAGGUGAAAGUGGGCUUGCACUGCGCGGAGAGGAUGCGCUACACGGCCGCCCGCACCGGGGUGAUGGGGCUGGCGCUGUUGUUCCUGGAGCUGGCCAUCGCGGCCGUGCCCUGGCUGGCUCUGGGAGCAGAACAGCCCUUCCCGCGCACUUCCUUCUACCUGCUGGCCGCGCUGUGCUUCGCCAUCCUGCUGACCACCUUCCUGCUGUAUAUCUUCUAUACGAUGGAGGUGAAGUCUCUCCAGGGCACUGAAGACCAAAUGAGGCUGGCCGUAGGUAGUCUGCAAGAGAAGCUGAGGGGCUUUCCUGUGGCCCAGCCUCACAACACCCCGCGGAUGUCCCCUGAGGGCCGUGGGCCCAGUGCCUUGGAUCCAGAGGAAUGAUUUCCAAGUGGGUUCACAGAAGGAAGGCUUUGAAGUCGGCUUUAGGACUUUAAAUCUUAUGAAGGAGUCUGCUCCCCUGAAUAUGUUAUGUGUUUUUGUCUGAUUUAGGUUUAUGCUUCAACAUAAGCUAUAAUUAAGAUAUGUUUCUUAAAGUAGUGCAGGACACACGCUUUGACAUUUUUAUACCUUUUUAUAGUCAUCUGUAGGGUCUUAUCAUCCACACUUUUCACUCUAUGCACCCGCUGGAGACAGUAAUGCUUCCAUGUACAGAGUCAUGUGCUUAAUACUGCUUCUGCCCUUAAAGUUCAGAAAUGUGACCAGUUGUGUCAUUAAGCCUCAGGUCCACCUUUCAUUCCACUCUCCAGUAGUGUUGCUGGGACCAGUCAUUUUUGUUUUUCAUUUCUUGCCUCAGCUUUGACCCUGGAGAGGCCACCCCCCCGAUUUACCGUGGGUCCACUGUGUUUGUGCUUCUGAUUAUUUGAAUGUGCUUUAACACAACCAGAAAGUUGUGUUACUGACUCCUGUGCAGUAGACUCAGACACUCCAUCGUUUAAAAGGUUUACAUAUUGGGCUGUCAGUAGGUUGACACAAAGAUCAUCAUAAACAAGCUAAGACCUCUUGGUGAAUUAUUCAAGAGGAAGUGAAAAAUCUUACUUGCAUGUAAGUGCAUGUUCUCAUGCAUGUCAUUUUCCACUGACAAUUAUCAAAAGACAAUCUACACUCCUUUUAUCUUAAAAUUCUGAAAACUUUAUAGAAUGUAUCUAUAGUAUAGAUUACCAAAUGAAUGACUUUAUGAUACAGUAUGUACAGUGUGCGUUGUGAUUACUUGUUUUAUGUUGCUUUAAACCAUGUGAGUUGGUGGUUCUUAAUUUCGAUUAACUUUCAUGUAGAAUUUCAGGUGAUACCCAAUGUUUUUUUCCAACUGAAAACUGUGAUGAGAACGAUCAUGGAAGCAAUAAUAAAGACCUUAAAGGCUUCAGGACUACUGUGGCUCUGUAUACAGUUCACGUAAAGCAGACUUGCAGAACGGGAGAAAAGGUCCGGGCUGCCUACCGGGAUCUGCCAGCUCUCCCGGAGCUCCAUUGUGUCUGAAUGGGCGCGGUCUGACCGGGCGGGGCAGGGCAAGCCGCCAAGCAACCCGCAAAAUGACGAGCCUGGAGCCGCUGAAGUCGGCCAUGUCCAUCGGCAACGUGGACGACACGUCGCUGGCCCUGCCGUCCGCCAACCAGUGCCGGUCGGGGUACGACCGCGUCCGGGAGCAAGUGCAGACCGUCCGGAGGAAGUCCAGACGGUCCAGCAGCCAGCACAGUGGAUCCGCUUCUUUAUCCCCAACAAGCCCUAUGUACGACUCCGUGUUUGUAGAUGGAGGGAAGACACACUCUCGCACAUUUAAUGGAAAUGUCUUCAUGGGCAAUGGCUCCUCUAAACAUCUCGGCCUGGGUAAAAACAUCACCCGCCAAAGUGUCAACAGCGCUAAAGGCUCCACGGCUGUCAGAAACACCUUUACUUCUGCCUCUCGCCACGACAGAAGCUACGCCCCUGUCAGCUCGGUGGUGGCGGGGCAAACCAGCGGCAGCCGCAGCGAACCUGAUCUGGCCUGGCGCCUCGGCAUGCCGAAACGUUCCUUCCCAAGUCAGAGGAAUUUCACCGUCGGGGGCACCAAACUAACACAAAGGAGCACCAGUCAGUACAUAAGCAGUGCAGUGAACCAAGCCUCAAAGCCUCAACCUCCGUAUGACUCAAAUGGUCAGACCAAAACAAGCAAACAGUUCAUAUGCAGUCAAACUAACAUGAGCAAAGCUUACUCGAAGCCUUCCAUCCCAGACGUCAAGUCCAAAAGCAAAGGAAACUCGGGGACCAAUGGGAUCAGCGCAGUCACUGAUAUCACUCUAAAGGAGGCCGUGGAGUUUCUUUCCACAGGGGAUGAAAAAUUUCAGCUGUGUGGCGCUUCCUUUAUUCAGCACAACUCUUUCAUCAGUGACAAAACAAAGGAGGAGGUCUUAAAGCUUAAUGGUAUCCCCCCCCUGGUGGGCCUACUGCGAAACUCGACCUCAGAGGUUAGCCACGCAGCCACCGCUGCCCUCCGUAACUUGUCAUUUAGGAGUGAUGGAAACAAAGAGGAGAUCCAGCGGUGCGACGGCAUCACCCAAGCCGUGGCUCUGCUCACAGAAUCAGACUCUGUGGAGCUGCACAAGCAACUGACGGGUCUUCUGUGGAAUUUGUCCUCUCUGGACAAAGUGAGGCCAGACCUGCUGAAGACUGCUUUGCCGGUCUUAACAGAGCGUGUGAUAGUGCCUUACACAACAGGUGCAGACGCAGCCAACGACAAAGACCCCGAUGUCUUUUAUCACGCCACAGGAUGUCUUAGAAACCUCAGUAGUGCGCGACAAAGCAGCAGACAGACCAUGAGGAAAUGUCGUGGUUUGAUUGACUCUUUAGUUGGCUACAUCAGAAAUUGCGUGGAUGCAGGAAAACAAGAUGAUAUGUCUGUUGAAAACUGCGUGUGCAUCCUACACAAUCUGACAUUCCAGCUUGAGGCCGAGGCCCCCGAUGUGUUCAGCAGGAUCACAGCUUUGGCCCAAACAGUGAACAGGAGCAACAGUCAGAACAACAGCAGCCCUGUCGGCUGCUUCAGUUCCCACAGCAAACCUCUGGAGCAGGAGCGUUGCUUCGACUUCCCUGUGGUUGAGGAUUCACACCCUACUGGGAUUGGCUGGUUGAUCCACUCAAAAACACUGCAGAGUUACCUCUCUUUGCUCAGCUCGAGCCAACAAGAAGCAACACAGGAAGCCUGCAGUGGAACAUUGCAGAAUCUCACUGCAAAUGAAGGCAUUGUCUCCAGUGUCAUGAGUCAGAUGAUCGUGCAAAAACUGAAUGGCAUGCAAAUCAUCAGCUCCCAUUUGAAGUCAGACAAAGUCAGCUUGCAGAGGAGCACCAUGGCUUUGGUAGGAAACUUGAUGAAGAACCCAAACCUGCACAGUGCCAUCGGUCGUAAAGCCCUCCCAGAGCUGCUUGGCCUACUUCGUGACGGCACUAAGGGAGCUAAUGAGUCAGACGAUACCCUUGCUAUGGCCUGUCAGACCACUAGCUGCCUUCUCAUGAAGGAGCCUGAGACGAGCAAGAUGCUUUUAAACAAGAAGCUGAUACAAUCUCUGAAUGACAUCAGCCAAAACAAAUAUUUCCCCAAAUCCAGCAAAGCUGCGGCCAUUCUCCUCCACAAAAUCUGGUCCGAAAAGGAUUUACAAAGCCUCAUGAAAAAGCGAGGAAUGAGCAAGUCCUCAUUCAUCAAUGAGACCACCAUGGCAGCACACAAGUCGCUCCAAGUUGUUGAUUAAAAGCAGACGACUUGGCGCGAGUCUUUCGCUGAGGUCGCUUCCCAGCACGGCUUCAGCAUAUCUACAGGAUGUGGACACGUCAAGGCAGAGAUUCCGAGAUAAGCUAUUACACAAAAUGUUCUCAGAUGUUUAAGCAUAAAUUUCGGAAUUUUGUGAUCAUUACAUGAUCUCUCUGUGGCCUUGUUUGCAUGCUGUAAGAUGUAUUUUCAUCGUAGGAGUAAAAAGGUGAAGGUUCAAAUCUGACAGCAAAAGUUGGAAGUGACAAUUUGGAGUUCCUUCGUAGAGUUGAUGUUGAUUUAAUCUUUGAUGUUCAGUAAAACAUAUUAACAAAACAGGACGUCAUUUUUUGACACAAAUUCUAUGUUCUAUUGCCGCUUUACAACUGUGUAAUAUGGACUUUGGCGUAAAAUAAAAAAAAUUCGAAAUAGUCUGAAGCAGUGAUGUGUUUUAUAUUCUGUGGCUAAAUUGUUUGUUGUGAGUCUGUGUUACCGUUGUGCUCUGUAAAAAAAAAAAAAAAA